AAUGUGGCUACUUGUUGCAAUAGUAUUGGUUUGGUAUAUAAUAGUAUGGGCGAUUAUACGAAAGCAUUUUCAUUUUGCAAAAGAGCACUUGAAAUCUUUGAUAAAAAACUUCCACCAAUUCACCCAUUAUUGGCUACUUCAUAUAAUAAUAUUGGUUUAGUAUAUGGUAACAUGAAAAAAUAUUCGGAGGCAGUUGCUUCGUAUAAACGUGCAGUUGAAAUUGGACAACAAGUAUUACCUCCUUGUCAUCCGAAUCUCGAACUAUAUAAACAAAAUCUUGAAUCUAUUCGAAAGAAAUAA